AAUUUCACAUUUCUCCAAAUCACAUCUAUCGUAUGGCCUCAAAAGAUCAGGAAGAACAUUUCAAUACUGAGACCGACGAAGAAACCAUCGCUGUGAGGAAGAAACGGUUGCGGCGCGUGAGUUUUGCCGACCGAGAAAUCACUUCGGUGCACAUUUUCAACCGAGACGAGGACUAUGAGCAGGAGUCCGCAGCGGAACCGAGCUCUGCGGACGAAGACAAUGAGGUGCUUGGCUUUUUCAAAGACUUGGCAGCAGAUAGCGACGACUCCAGGGAAAUGUCACCGGAGGAGGGCGAUGACGAAGAGAUCGCUUCGACGAAGUCUUUUUUAAGGCCAAUUGAGUCGCCGUCUCCUGGAAGUAGUAUCAUUGGCUCAGCUACUUCUAAUGACGAAGACAACUUUUUUGGUCCUGUAUCAGCCAGAUUUAUUAGACCUGGCCGGUUGUCCGAUUCUGCUGCCUCAGAUGAUAACCAUGAUAUCACAAUGGAUUCAACCGCGUUUUCAAUGCAUUACCGUAGUCUUGUUAUGUCAGAAUUAGGAGACAUCAAGACCCCAGCAGGGAGUUGUUUUGCCUUUGAAGAGAAAACACCUUCCCAGGUUGGCACUCCAUCUGAUUCAGGAAGUUUCAUGGUACUAACAAAAGCUAAGAAGCCUAUAAGCCCAAUAUUGCCACCUGUUGGUAAAGUUAGUAUCAGUAGAGAUUCAAAUGAUAUGAGUCUUGUGGGAGAGAACCCACAUAGGUAUGAUUAUGGGAGACUAUCUCCUACAUUAGAAGCUCUUUUGGCAGAAGGUAGUGAGGUUAUUCAUGCUGUUCCUAUAGUUGACGCAAAGUCAUUGGAGAGGAAUGAGGUUUCCAUUUUUAAUGAGAAUGGCAGUGGCAUGAUGGGUAUGAGGGGUAACAGAAAUAUAGAUAUGUGCAACGUUGGCCCUGAUAAUAUUUCCCAAGAGGGGAUUUCUGUGGUUAAUUUGCAAUUUGGUGAGGUAAAUGGUGGUUCUACAUCCACUAAUAGGGAUCAGACUACCUGUGAUUCCUUAUCAUAUGUAAAUGAUGAUCCAGCUGCUGAUGCCUUUAUUGAUCACCAAGUCCAAACCCCUAAUCAGCUUGAUAAGGUAAACAAGGUGGUUAUUAAAGCUGUGACUGGGUCAAACAAUGUUGAGUUGCAUACAAUAAGUAGUGGCACCCCACCAGAUGUAAAUCUGAAUGGUAAUGAUUGUCAGUUGAGUUUGUUCUCACAACCUGAACCUGCUGAUUUAUUUUCAACUCAAGACUCACAAAAAAAAAGUUCUUCAAAAGCUGCACAGCAAAAUUCCCAUAUUGAUCAGCCUCUUGAUCAGCAACUGGAAUCUCCUUUAGUGGGGCCUAUGACCAUGUUAUCUGCUAAACAGAAGCAAAUAAUUCUGGAUGCUACUAAUAUAUCUAGACAUUCACCAUGUAUAACUCCUUCCCCUAAACAGCCUGGUUCAUUGUUGAGGAAGGAAAACAUAAAAUUAGGUGAGAGCGUUUCAUCUCUUCUGAAAAGCAUUUCAAAGUUUAAACUUAUUGAGUCUUCACCACAUACAUCUACUUUGGGCAAUGGACUUGAAAAAUCUGAACAGAAAUUAUUGGAGUACCUUUCUGCAACUUCUCCCUCCCAUAUUGUUGUGGAAGAAACCAGCAGAGAUCUCUCGCGCCAGCUUGUGGAUACUCCCAUUAUGAAUUUAGAGAAGCAAUUUAGUGUUGAUAGGAAGAAUGGAGAACAUAAAAAGGCAGUCAACAUGUGUGGAGAUGGUAAUGGAACAACAAAGUACUUUGGUAACCUGAACCAAAAUCGAGAGACCAUGAUCCCUGGAAAAGAUGGAGAACCCUUGGAUCAUCUGUCUGAUAACGUUUCUCAUGAAGAUAAACGAACUGAGAUGUUGGCAGGCAUAGUGAUGCAUCAACACUUGGUGCCAAAUGAUGCCAUGAAGGUCAUGUCAGACAUUACUGGAUCUGAAUCCUUCUCAUUGGAGAUCACACUUGAUCAUAAAAAAGAUCAGAAGACAACCAAUGAUUCUAAUAAGAAUGUUUCUCCUCCAUUGAAGAGGUUGGACCGGGAGUUGUCACCAGCAGAACAAGGCAGUCUCUUUGUUGAUUUGAAGCAGCAGGUUCAGCCCCAGGGAAAUGUUGUCAUUCGUUGUGGACCAGAUGGGAAUUCAAUUGAAUAUGCUACAACUGGAAGCCAUUUGACUCAAAUGGCUGAUAAAUUGGACUCCUUGUUUGUUGACUGGAGAGCACAGUCUAGUUCACCCCUUCGUGAGGUUAACGAUAUGAGAAACUUUACUCAAGUAAAGAGAGAGGAUGACAGAAAAAUCCUUCCAUCCGCUUUACAAAAUGUUUCAGAAACGGUAAGGAACCUGCAAAGCCCUUCAAGGGAUACAGGUUUGCUGAAAUAUCAGCCAUUAAGCCCAGACAAGAAUUGCCAAAUUGCAAAUGACACAAUCCGAACAAAAGAGGAACCUGCUAGAGAAGGUAUAAAAGCUUCAGCCCAUGAGCAUGCUUCUCCACAUGUUGAGAGAAGCCUGAAUGAGCUAUCAUUUUUGAAGCUGCAAGAUUUUGAGAAUUCUUCUGGACGGAAAAGAAGAAGUGAAGAAAUAGUUAUUGGAGAUGCAGAUAAUGAUUAUAAAAUCAUUUGGAUGCAGAGAAGCCCAAAAGUUCAUAAAAGUAGAGAUAAUGAUUUGGAUUUAAAGCCGGAACAUUCUAAUGGAAGUGAUAACAGAAAUGAGAAGAUUGGAGUUGACACAAUCUUGAAGCUCUGGACUGAUAUUUCGCACAAAUUCUCAACAGAAACAAACCAAAUUCUUUCUCCAUUGAUUGAUAAACUCAAUAUAAGAGCUAUAGACAUGUUUGAAGAUAUUUUGGUUCACCUUCAGAAGGUUAAUAAAUAUGGGGCGCUUUGUUCAGAAAUCCUUUCUCAGAAAAUAUAUGAUCAGUCCAGUAAUAUUAGGCAUAAAAGAGUGGUUGAAACAAAAUUGUUGCUUCAUAAAAUCAUAUACGAGAAGGCAAGGCUGCAGAUAUUGCAUGUGAAGCAUGAAAAAUUGCUGAAAAGUGCACAACUAUUAAGCUUAGGAAUACAGAAGUUUCACAAUUUGAAGUUGAAUUAUGCUAGACAUUUGUCUGCAUCUGGUGAAAGAGAAGCUGUUAAUGAUAAACUUUAUUAUUCCUCUUCUGCAAAUUUUGUUGGCAAACAUGAGGUUGUCGCCAACAAAGUGAUCACAAGGAAACAGGAGGCUGAAGCUGUAGAUCGGAAAAUAAAGAAUUUAAUUAAAUCCUUUAACACACAUUGUAAGAUGAAAGGUGAUCUAAGUUGUGCUGACACUAUUCCAUUACUUAAUGAUCAUCUUAAGAAGAGAGCGCUGUGCAGAUACAUACGCCAGGAUCUGCAGCUGUGGGAAAUUGAUGAUUUGGAAAGAACACAUGGUCACAACAAUCUUGUCCUCAACUACCGUGGCUUCAUCUGCCAAAGGUUCACAAUAAUUGCUGGUCCAGUUUCAAGCAUGGUAGUCUCAAACAAAGUGAAUAACAUAAAUAUUAAGAAGAACUUUCCGAACAUGGAUGCCUGCACAGCCUUUGCAUUUGUAUUUAAUGCUGAGUCCACCAAGAAAACAGUUGGUUCCAAGAGUUUGACACAAGAAACACAAAAAACCAGUUCACUUUUAUGUAAUCUUCUAGCAGUGGUUGCAGAGUUACAGCUAGCAAGGAUAGAGAUUAGGAAUUUGACACUGACAAGCUUUAACUCUCCAUCCGUUGAGCAGCUCGAUUUGAACCUUUGUUUCAUUGAUUUGAAUAGUGGUGCAAAAGUAACAAUGAUUCUUGAUAUGACUUGCUUGAAUCGUGGGAUUUAUCCUUCGGAGAUUCUCCCUUAUCAACUACAGUUUCCCUCCACUAAGAUGCAAAAUUCACUGCCCGAGUCACUGUCUGCUGAAAUAAAUGCUGCAAUUGCUAACCUUACAAAUGGUUACUCAAGGAUUAUUAGACUGUGCCGGCUUGUUUCUGAGGUGAUUCAAUCUUCAAGUGGUUGGUUGUAGACCGUUUUAGAACCUGGUGAGAGUUGGGCCUAUUUUUUUUUUUAUUUGUAUAAUAACAGUGACCAUCAACUCCUGCAUUUCUACCUAAAGACAAUCUAUCUGGAGAGUGAAUUAGGAGCAAAAUUUCAUUGAUUGCCCUUAACAUUUGUCCAUGCAUUUAGUAUGUAGAAUAGUUAACUUGUUUUUAGAUCUGAAGUGUAGAACUGUGAGCUGUAUUCCUAUUAACGGAGUUGACAUGUAAAUAAUUGAAGACUGUCAGCUUGUUUCCGACCUCGCUGUUUUGAACUCCAGAAAGAAGCAAGCAAGGUUACACAUUUUCGGUAAAAAGGUAUGACAUGUUUUUUGGUGUCGGAGGUCAGCAUAUUAUCUACAAAAAUGGGGUGAGUUAAA